CUCUGGUUUGUUGUGCUUAAAGCAUAUCCAUAUUGAGCAGUUCUUCACGCAGAGAGCUGCGAAUGGUCAUUCCAGAACCCAUCUGGGCCUCAUCGUAGCAGGUGGUUGCCCUGGCCCAGGACAAGGAGGGGCGAUUUGUUUGGAGAACUCCCAGGAAUAUGCCAAUUAAAGAGUUGUAUAAGAGAUGAAUGAUGUUUGCCCAGCAGGCAGGCUCCCAAGAUAAAGAGUUGACACCCCAAACCUCACGGACAAUAUAAAAGAUGAGAUUUUCCUUCAGCUGAUUCUGCUGAACCCAGGCACUGAUCUGCAUCGACCAAGAGCUGCAAUGAUGCUUUGUUUCACCCUCCUCGCCUUGCUUUGUUGCGGCUUCACCAGUGCAGGAGUCAUCCAGGCACGCUCUUCAUCCUAUUCCGGCGAAUAUGGCGGGGGUGGCGGAAAACGCUUCUCACACUCUGGGAACCAGCUGGACGGACCCAUAACAGCCUUUAGGAUUCGAGUCAGCCGCUAUUACAUUAUAGGUAUCCAGGUCCGGUAUGGCAAAGAGUGGAGCGAGUACAAGGGAGGCUCAUCUGGAGACCUAGAGGAGAUCUUCCUGCACCCAGGAGAAUCCAUCAUCCAGGUCCAGGGCAAAUACAAGAGCUACCUCCGCAAACUUGUGUUUAUCACUGACAAAGGGCGCAACUUUCCCUUUGGGAAGGACACAGGCACCAGCUUUAAUGCUGCUCCGCUGCACCCUGGCACCGUCUUGCGUUACAUCAGUGGCAGCUCUGGUUCAGUCAUUGAUGCCAUCGGUUUCCAUUGGGAUAACUACCCCACUAGCUGCCCCAAUUGUGGAAAAUGAGCAUAAAACCGCAAGAGACAAGCUGCUCAAUGAAAACAGGAAGGGGCACCCCAGUGGAAAGUCUUUGGCUUCACCCCCAUGUGGCCCCCAUCCCCAUCCAUUCAACCAACCCUCUAGUCCAUUCUCCCGAAAUCCUCAUCUUGCCACAGUCCUGGCCCACUUCUUCUAAGCUUUGUCUCUUCUCAAAUGGCCACCACAACUACUACUAGCAAAUAAAAGCAAAUGUUGAAACAGGU